CCACGAAAUGACGUCACGUCAUGGACAGCGUAUGUUUUAUGUCGAUUCCAUGCCGUGUGUUUGUAAACAGAUAUCAUCAUGACGGAGAUGAAGGUUCGUUUGAAGCAAACUACAAUAGAAACGAGAGCGGGACUACUGUUCCACAAUCAGUCGCCACCUUCCCAGACUAUAUUUCCUUCAUCAUAGUGUAAAAUUAGCUUAAAGCCAAACUAAUUGAACGUGUAUUUUAACGUUUGGCGGUGACAAGAAAAGAACUGAAGUUGGGAUCCCGCUUUGAUGUUCAAAUCACUGUUUACUGUCCGAUUAGAUUACCGCCGGAAAUUACAACACAUCACAUGCACAUGAAAGGACAUGUGAUCAUCAUUUGCGCGGUUUUCUUAAAACGGUUAGAGCUCAUCGAUCGUUGCACAACUGCGAGUACGUUUUACAUUCGACUGUUUUCUUCUUUUCAAGUCCACGUCAAGUAAAUUCUUUCGAAGGUUAGUACAUAAUUCUUCCUAUUCUUAAAUGUUUAUUUGUUUCCUUUUUUAAAUGUGAUCUAUGCUAUAUCUUUUGAUCUUAUAAAACCGUGAACGACAUGUUGAUUGUUCGUGCAUGGAUUCCGUUGAAGUAAAGCCGUCCGUCUUGGCUUGAUUUUCUGUUCUCAAAUACAGUGUUUUUAAUUUAUUUCAAGGGUUACAAGCUUAUUGUAAAAUGGAAGAAGAACUAAAGAUUUUCAUGCUUAGAUCCGGAGUGAAGGAAUCAACAGUCGAGCGUCUUGUUAUAGAAGAGGUGGGUUUCCCGCGCCAAAAAAGUUGGCUCACAUUUUACUGCUCCUGAGCCGUGGAUAAAUCCAGAAUUUUCAACUUCAACCAACAUUUUGUAAAGCAAUCAGAGCAAGGAAGCACGUUUAAGCAUUGUGUUUUUAAAAACUGUAUGCCACCGAAGAGCGGCCAAGACUCGAGUGAACCGGCCUUCAAAACAGUCAAAAUAAGCAAAACAUUUUAAGCUUAAACUUAAUUAUACAAUUUACGUUUUAACGAAACCAGUCCUAACUACUGCUUAAAAUGACGAUGGAAAAGUUUAGUUCACGAAAAAAAGUAGCUUUUGCAGUCAUACCGGGAAAACCUUGAACACCAGGAAUAUUUCUGGACCGUUAUUGUCUCCAAGAGAAAAGUUAAUCAGGCGUGGGAAAACUAAACCGCCAGUUCUCGCGCUCUGAUCUUUGCUGCGGGGUUAAUUGUCAUGACACAAUAAACAUUCCUGAGAUACAUUUCCUGGUCCCACUGACAAUUGGUGUAUGUUGGGGUAAAUUGAAGAUGACAAUCAAUGCCCAAUCUAUGCAAUAAUAUGUGUAAUCAUUUCCUCUAGCUUGAUACAGAAGAUGACUUAAAUUCUGCCAGUGAAGAGCUUCUCAAGCAGUGUGGAAUAAGUGGCGGACAAGUUUUGAAAAUCAAAGUUGCCAUUUCAAAGUUUUUAGAAGAAAAAGCUAAGGUAAGUUCUGUUGCCCUUUGGUACGAAUAAGGUUCUAAGGUUCUUUAAGGGGGCUUGGGUGUUAGUAAAAUGUGGGGUUGGAGUCUAUCUUUGUUUAAAAGAAAAAUGCUUUUUGAGGGUUAGGGCUGACCCUUACCGUAUACCCAACCUAACCUCAAACCUAAACAGUAUUUUAACAGUAGUUAAACAGUAUUUAAAAAAAAAGAUAAACCCCAACCCUGGUCCCAACUCUGCUUUUUAUUGACACCCAAGGGACUUAUCUACUUAAGUGCAUUUUCCAAAACUCAAAAAAAUCCAGGUAGACCAGGCACCUUUUGCAACAAGACUGAUUUACUGAAAAUCAUCCCUUUCUGUGUGGGAAAGGUCUGACUGGCCAUUUCUGACAAACAGAAAGCCUCUGAUUUCUAAACAAAAAUUAUGAAUCUAUAUAUGCAUUUUUUAAAGGAAGUUCUGGAUAAAUCAGGACAGCUACCAGAGUCCCCUCUAAGUUGCACUUCAACUUCAAGUCAGCUGUCCUCUCCAUUAUCAUCUCCAUCUCCUGAAACUUCAAGUUCAUCAUCCGCAACUUGCUCUUCAUAUAAAUCAUCUCCUGCCACAUCCACACCCACUCACAACAAGAAGCCUGCCUUUAGUCAUUUUGAUCUGUUAACCUCGACAACACCCGGCAGCAGCACAAGUGGCACUUCUUGGAUCGUAAAUUACCAUCUUCCAUUAAGUGUAAGUUAUAUGUUUUGUAAUGAAACUGAACGUGAAAGUCUACUGUGCUCUUGUACUCAUUUGGACUGUAUGUUAGACAGAAGAGGACUUAAUACUUUAAAGGCAAAAUUAAAUCAAGACUGUAAAAAAAUAUAUAUGAUUUUUAUUUUUUAUUUUCAGUAAUUUAAAUCCUUCUUUGAAUGAAACAAAAAUUUUCUUUAUAACUAUGGAAAAUCUGCAUUUUCCAAGAUAACCUGUACACUGUAGUUGAAAUCAAAUAAUUCUAACUCAUUACGGUAAAACUCAACGUUUGCCACCAUUUUUGGCCAUUAGUGACUGUUGACAAGGAUAUGCUGUACAAGGAGAAUAAUUUAAGGCCGUCAUACUGAGUAAAUAUAAGAAAAUAUCACAGCUGUUUAUCUUAGUCACUCUCUAAGGGAUUUCCCUUCCAAGGGCACAAGGGGCUCCUUUCUUAUUUUGAUACCUGUAGAUCCUCUUAGGUUGACUAGUGGGACAUAACCCAAAUACAAUCAUUUUACUUUUACCCCCAGUUUUCACCUGCAGUCACAAAGGCACUUGCUGAGAAGAAAGUGGUAGGUGCCCGCAGAAAUGAACUUACAAGGGACAUCUGCAGUAGCAUAAGGGUUCACACAUUGUACCCUACUAAAGCUGAGAGGGAACAUGUGGCCUGUCUCCUUAUCAAAAAAUUCCCUUUCCUUGAAGAUGCUAUUGGAUCUGGAAUUGUAAGUUGAAUAGUGACUUGUAAUAGCUUGCAUUAAAUAAUUAUACUGAUCAACUGACUGACCAUGCAAACAACCUGAUCUUAAAAACUAUUUAAGACUGGAAUUGCAGCACGUGGCAAGUUGUUUCAGCAUUGGUGUCCACUUGCAAUGUUCAUAUAAGCUAAAUUAAUUCAUGGUUACGCUAUUGUUGAAUUGUUUUUUGCUAGAAGUGUUGUUUAUUCAAAAAAAAAAUCAAAUCAAAUUCAAAAUCUAAAUAUUAGUGCGAGAAUGAGUUGAACUACAUGUAUAUCAGAGAUUUUGAAGCCAUUCAUAAAAACUCGCAGUCGUGUAUUAUCAGGUUUACAAACAAGGAAGUACACUCCAGCUGCAUCUUUAAUCUGGGGUAUCAGGGCAUUUACAGGUAGCCUCUAAAUCUCCUGUUUACCUCCAAAUGUUUUAGUGGUAGUUCUCAACCCUUUCUUUUGUCAUUGUAGGGAAGUCUGCCUUGUUCUCAAUGGGUUUGCAGGUGCAGUUCUGUUUCAAGAUUGUUUUGUUAAUAAAAACGUUUUUGUUUUGCCCUAGGGUUCUUGGGAAACAGCCUUUAAGAACAGGUUCAAAAAUCUGAGAAAAACUGGCAUUAAAAGAGAGGGAGUAGAGAAGAAAGCUGAGGAGAAAGAUGACUUACCUGUUGUUAAAAAAAGAAAAAUUGACGAAAUCCCCUGUAUGCCGGAAGGGGAAACAAAAGAAACAUCACGAAGAGCACAAGUCGAUAAUGAAAAAAGAGAUGGCUCGUUCAUCUAA